AUGGGCUCGGACGACCUAGCAACCGGGACGGGCGCCGGCAUGCGUGAGCGCAACGUCCACAAGCACCAUGACCAUGACAAGGGGUAUGGCUGUGGACCCGAUUGCAACAUUACCGACCUCACCAUCAAUAUUCCAGGCUCGACACGGCGAGCCGGGGCUGACGACCCACCACCAGCCCGCUGGCGCACUCCCGAGUUUAUGUUUUACGGGCUGGUCUUUGCAAUUGUCGUGCCAAUGCUCAUCUGGUGGCCCAUCAAGCUCAGUUCAUCUCAGAGCCCCAACUACUGGCUGUAUUCGCCACGCCUGUCACAAGGGUGGCUGUUCGGUUGGAAGGUCGACGGCAGCGACCCUCAGUACAAAACGUUUCGAGGCAACCUCAGCGCGCUGCUCGGUCUGGGUAUUGCCUUCCUAAUCCCAUCUCACCUAGUCCGGUUCGCAGGGUACACCAGCCCACAAGCACGCGUGCGGUUCAUUACAUGCUUUGCAGCUCUGAUGCUGCUGGUCCUUCACGGCAUUGGCGCGUUCAAGGUGGCGAUCAUCCUGGCCAUCAACUACUUCAUUGCUACGGCGCACAAGCCGCCUGCAGUUGCCCGUGUGUGGCCCGCUGUGGUGAUUGUGCUCAACAUGUUCAUCUUGUUUGUCAACGAAAAGUGUGACGGAUACAAGUUUGCCGCUGUUAGCGAGAGCCUGGCAUGGCUGGACGGAAAGUCGCUCAACGGCCUGCACCCGCGCUGGCACGUCAACUUCAACAUCACCAUGCUCCGCAUUGUAUCAUUUGCUCUGGACGCGCAUUGGCGUGUGGCCCCGCCUCCCACCACACCUACCGACCAACGGACACGUACGGCCGCGUCGCUCCCCGACUCGGAGUACAGCUUCCUCAACUAUUUCGCGUACGCCGUCUACCCGCCGCUCUACAUUGCCGGGCCGAUCAUGACGUUCAACGACUUUGUGUGGCAGCUCCACAGCCCCGUACGCGUCACUGCGCGUGAGCGUAUCAGCUACGCCAUCCGUUUCCUCUUCUGCUUCCUCACGAUGGAGUUUAUCCUCCACACAAUGUACGUCAUCGCCAUCAAGGACACAAAGGCAUGGAUGGGCAACGGGCCGGCCGACCUCAGCCUCAUCGGGUUCUGGAACUUGGUCACUGUGUGGCUCAAACUUCUCAUCCCAUGGCGCUUCUUCCGUCUAUGGGCGCUCCUCGAUGGUGUCGACCCACCCGAGAACAUGGUCCGCUGUGUUGCCAACAACUAUUCGACUCUGGGCUUCUGGCGUUCCUGGCACAGGAGCUACAACCUCUGGAUUGUGCGGUACAUCUACAUCCCACUCGGCGGCGCCAAACGCGUCGUGCUCGCCACCACCAUGGUCUUUACGUUUGUCGCGCUGUGGCACGACCUCAGUUUCAGGCUCUUGGCCUGGGGCUGGCUUGUGUCCUUGUUCAUUGUACCUGAACUGGUGGGCCGCGCACUCGUCCCGGCGUCAAAGUACGGCAAGGAAUGGUGGUACCGCCACGUCGCGGCCAUGGGCGGCGUGGUCAACAUCCUGCUCAUGAUGAGCGCCAACCUCGUGGGCUUUGUGCUCGGCCUCGACGGCAUGAAGCACCUCGUCCAUGAGCUGUUGACCACUGCGAACGGCUGGAUGUUUACCGGGUUUGCGUCGGCAUGUCUCUUUGUCGGCGUCCAGAUCAUGUUCGAGUACCGCGAGGAAGAGGCCCGCCGUGGUAUCGACCGGAGGUGUUAG